AUGUCACAAAGUCAAGACGUUUCAAGCUCGCUCAAGAACCUGUCAAUCGACACAAAGGACGAACCUUCAACAAUGUUAUCCAAGAAACCAGCAACCAAAAAGAAGAACAAGAAGGUCGUCGCAGACUCAUGGGAAGACUCUGACUCCGACGCUGAUGCAGAACCUGAAGCCGAGCCAGAGUCAAGCAAGCCAACUCCCACUGCGACACCUGCACCGCCUCCCCCAACGCCCAUGUCUCCCGUCGGUGGCCUACCAUGGGAAUCGCAUUCAGGAAGUCCCAACCCUCGCGCCGGAGCAGACCCGGAUAAACGGCCUGAGAAGACAGAUGCCGUGGCUCGUCGUAUGAUCGCUGCUGGACUAGGCCUCAAGGCACCAAAGCAGACGGAGGAGCAAAGGGCGUACCAGAGGAGUGUUCGUGAGCAGGAGAAGAAGAGAAGGGAGCAGGAGAAAGAGGAGGAAAAGAAACGACAGGCUGGUGUUGAGAAGGCAAAGGCAGCUAUUUGGGAUGAUUAA